AUGAUACAUAGGGAAGAGCCUAGGUACCCAGGGCCUCGUGGUCCAAGCACUUGGCUGUUUGCUCCUAUUCCUCUCCCAUUUCAGACCAGCUGCUCUGGCCCGGGUGGCAGGGAGAGACGGCCAAAAGACUGCCCAGUGCGGCUGCCCCAGCUUCAGGGAGGAUCUGCGGUGCAGCUGACCCCACAGCCGCCUCCUGGUAGACCAAGGCUGACCAACAGACCAGCCUGGGUGAGGGCCCCCAUGUUGGUGCACCCACCAUGCCAACAAAAAGAGGAUGAAGACGUGGGGACCAGUGCUAUGUCCAGAGGCAAGAGCCAGCCGCUCCACACUGAGACCCUGAGGCAUAGACAGAAGCUACCCAAGCUGGUCAUGCAGGGAGUGGGUCUUGACAGAAGCCCUCAAAGCAGGGUCAAGCUGGAGUCUCCAAGGAAGACAAGUGUGGCCCAAAGGGACCAAGCACCCUGCACACCCCAGCGGGGCUUGGGGAGGCCAAGAGAUUGGCCACGUCCUGGACUGAAGCCCUUUGCACCCCAAGAUCUCAUCCUCGAGAGGGUAGGGCCCAGAGUGACCCCUAAUAUGUCUGUGUGGGGAAAGAGCCUGUUAUAAAAGCCUACGUGGCCCACAGAGGAGCAGAGCAAGUGACCUGGAUGCACUGUGAAGAUCGUAUUGGCCUCUCUCCUCCCAGGCUUGGAGCGCUCCCCCUGCCAGCGUCAAGCAGGAGACCAAAUAGUCCUACAUCAUGUCUAGUGCCAAGAUAAGACACCCUCUCAAACAUCACGGAACACAUGUUGAAACAGGAAUUCUAAUUAUAAAAGUCUAAGUUUGUCUGUCUGUAAUGCUUUAUUCGCACUGUGAUUGGGUGAUGGAAACAGCCAAUCAGAGUGCUCCAAGCAUGGGGGAGCACCGCCAUGAUUCUAAAGCCAUGCCGAGGACCGGACAGAGUGUGGGUGAGCCAGGGCCAGCAGUGCUGGCCUCGGCUCCCCCAUCCUGCUCCCUGCAAGCCGCGCUGAGGACCGGACGGGUGGGGGAGCAAGG